AUGAUUUUUGGUAUUUUAGGUUUAAUUGGUGCUAAACCAAAAUAUUUUUUAGCAAAAGAACGUUUAUAUGGAUCAGUAUUAUUUAUAUUAGGGACUGUUUUAAUGAUUUUUAAAUUUUUACUAGGUGGUAUGAUAUUGGAACUAAUAGGUUUAAUUUUAAUAUUCAGAUCAUCAUUUCCUGAUAUUAAAUCAGUUGUAAGUAAUUACUUAUUAGGAAGACCAUUUUACAAAAUAAAAUAA